AUGCUGAUCUUUAAAAGACAGACAUACCUGAUUAUUAUGUCAAGCCUUAAUAGACCUAGAGAUGAUAUAUACACCGAUGUAGCUGCUAUGGACUUGGUCGAUGUAUAUACGGAGUCCCAGUCCGAUCCUGUUGUUAAUUCUUUAUUAAAAAAGUUUUAUUAUACGAUGAAAGAGCCAUCGUAUAUUGAUUGGAAAAUUAACACUAGUGGUAAAGUUAAAGACGAUGAGGAGAGAAGAGAUUUGUUGCGAUAUAAGUUGGAAAGUAUCCGUCGCUGCGAAAGAAUUUCUAAAUAUCUUGACGAGAAUGGAAUAGGCCUUAACUCGUUUAAUGUGUGGAAUCGUAAAUUUACUAAGAAAAGUAAUAAGAAAUCUCUUGAUCAAUCAAGUAUUCCGGACUGGAUCAGGAGAUGUUCUGCUAAAAUGGCUGAAGAUGAUGAAGAUUUGGAUGCUAUCCGCAAUGAAGAAGUUGAAAACGAUUCUAAGAGGGCUUUACUUAAACCAAUUAAGUCGAAGGAUAAUGAAAAAAAGCCUAAAAAGAACGAAACUGAUAAUUGA